AUGAGCUCCACGACCAAGUACCAGCCCGCGCCGCAGGACGAGCCCGACGACUACACCACCGCGCCGCCCGCCUACGGCUCCUCGUCCACCAACAAUGCCACGGCCGAGGCCGCCACCGCGGGCCUCGAGGCGCAGGGCCUCUUUGCGCAUGCGCGCAGCAGCGAGGAUAACCUUCCCGAUGACUUCAAGUUUGGCGGUUCCGUCGCCGAAGCCACCGUCGAUAUCCGAAACCAAUUCGUCCGCAAGGUCUACACCAUUCUCACCGUGCAGCUCCUCAUGACGGCCGGCGUCAGCUCCCUCAGCUUCUUCAGCACCUCCUACAAGUCCUGGAUCCAGGCUCACCCAGGCGUCGUCUGGAUUUCCCUCAUCGGCUCCAUGAUCUUCCUUGGCCUCACCUACUGGAAGCGCAAGUCCUAUCCGACCAACCUCCUCUUCCUCUCGCUCUUCACCCUCGCCGAGGCCUACACCAUCUCCGUCAUCGUCUCCUUUUACCGCACCAGCAUCGUCCUCAACGCCGUCGUCCUCACCGGCGGCAUCUUCAUCGCCCUCACCCUCUUCGCCUGCCAGACGAAGUACGACUUCACCUCCUGGAUGCCCUACCUGUUCGGCGCCCUCUGGGGCCUGCUGCUCUUUGGCUUCAUGUCCAUGUUCUUCCCCUACGGCUCCACCGGCGAGCUGCUCUACGGCGGCGCCGCAGCCCUCAUCUUUAGCGCCUACGUCCUCGUCGACACCCAGAUGGUCCUCCGCAAGCACCACGUCGAGGAGGAGAUUGCCGCCGCCAUCAGCCUGUACCUUGAUAUUAUCAACCUGUUCCUCGCCAUCCUGCGCAUCCUCAACUCGCAGUCUAACAACUAA